GAUCCUGAGGAAAAGCUGCUGGUGACCUGGGUGGGACCCAGGACCCGGAACUAUGGGACUUGAGGGACCAGAGACAGCUGCGCAGCCACAAGUGACCCUGCUGCCUACCGUCAAUGGGAGUAACCCACAAUACGACAGUGUGGACGGCCACUGGCCAGAGACCCCAGAGAAGUCGCCCUGCGUGGCUGGUAUCAUACCUGUCAUCUACUACAGUGUCCUACUGAGCCUGGGGCUACCUGUCAACGUCCUGACUACAGUGGUCCUGGCCCGCCUUGCUGUCAGGACCAGGAAACCCUCCUACCAUUAUCUCCUGGCACUCACAGCCUCAGAUAUCGUCACACAAGUGGUCAUCGUCUUCAUAGGCUUCCUCCUGCAGGGAGCCGUGCUGGCCCGCCAGGUGCCCCAGGCCGUGGUGCGCACGGCUAACAUCCUGGAGUUUGCUGCCAAUCACGCCUCAGUCUGGAUUGCAGUUUUGUUCACGGUGGACCGCUACAAUGCCCUGUGCCGCCCCUUGCGCCAUCGGGCUACCUCGUCCCCAGGCCGGACCCACCGCGCUAUUGCCGCUGUCCUUAGCGUUACCCUACUGACCGGCAUCCCAUUCUACUGGUGGCUGGAUGUGUGGAGGGAUGCAGACCCUCCUAGCACUAUGGACAAACUCCUCAAGUGGGCUCACUGUCUCAUCGUCUACUUCAUUCCCUGCAAUGUUUUCCUGGUCACCAACUCCGCCAUCAUCCUUCGGCUACGGAAGAGGGGCCAGAGAGGGCUGCGGCCAUGGAUGAGUAAGAGCACAGCCAUCCUCCUGGGUGUCACCUCCCUCUUCGCUCUCCUCUGGGCACCGCGCAUUUCUGUCAUGCUGUACCAUCUGUAUGUGGCUCCUGUUCACCGGGACUGGAGGGUCCACCUCGCCUUGGACAUAGCCAACAUGCUGGCCAUGCUCAACACGGCGGUCAACUUUGGCCUCUACUGCUUCAUCAGCAAGACUUUCAGAGCCACAGUCCGACAGGUCAUCCAGGAUGUCCAUAUGUCUUGUGCUUUAAAGUCACAGCCAAAGGGAACGGUGACGGAACUUGUGCUGAAGUCCGUAGGGGCAGAGUUAUAGAGGUAAAGGGGCCAGGCUAGACAUCCCAGGAGCCUUGGGGCCACCUGCACAGAGAUCUUUGCAAUUGUUUUGGUUUGGUUUUGGGUUUUGGAGACAAGGGUUUCCCUGUGUAGACUUGGCUGUCCUGCAACUCUUCUGUAGACCACGCUGGCCUCCGACUCAGAGGCCUCUCCCUCUGCUUCCCAAGUGCUGGGGUUAAAGGUGCAUGCCACCGCCACCUGAGGAGACCUUUGCAAUUGUAUUCAUCAAAACAACUCAACAACUUUGCGAUCUGGAUGAGCAAAGGCUCCUGCUUUGGAUGACUCGAGGUAAAAAGAAGAAAAAAAAAAUCAGUCACCUUAUCAGUGACUUCA